CCCAACCCCCUCCCCAAGCGGCUCUCUCUUCGGAAACUCUGAAGGAUCAAGAAAACAAAGGGGGGCGUCCCCGCCCCAGCUGUGGGUUCUGCGUGUCACAGUCUCCUCCUGGCAGGGAACCGGUUGGGCAGGUAGCGCACAGGUGGGUGACACCGUUAUUUCCAAACGCAUGCGCCAUCCCCACCCCUUCCUUAAAAAACAAACUCCCUAAUGAGCUCAGCGCAGCGCGCAGGUACAGUUCUUUUCCCUUCCCGAUCCGACCUGUCCCUCCGGAUCCGAGCCCGCAAGAAUCCCGGUUAUCCCGGCAGGGAAGCAGCUAUCGAACACCGGGGGGCUGCCUGCUCCGUAGCCAGCUCCGACACUCCCUCCCUUCAGCGACUGUACCUGCUGGGAGGCUGAAACUGACCAGAGCGCAGCCUGCGCGCGAAGGAAAGGCGCUGCCUGAAAUUGCCCAGAACCCAAUGAUCCAUCUGUAGAACGCUGCGGUCCUGACUUGUUGCAACGUUCCCUCCUCAGAACGUUGAGGAAACUUUGUUCCCCGGUUUCCUUGCAAAUUUAUAUACUCCCUGGAAAUUCCUCGGCUGCUGAUUUGUUUUAAUUUUAUUUGAAAGGAAAAGAUUCUUCCCAAGUUGGGUGAAAGUUUCCCCCUGAUUUUACGCUAAGAGGGAGAAGUGUAUUUCGUUAUUGAUCUGUUUAUGAAUCCCAGACAAUUCAUUGAUCUCAAAGAUGCCUCGGGCUUUCUUAGUGAAAAAAUCCUGUGUGGCUGUGGGCAAGAGGAAUUGGAGUGAAUUGCCUGAUGAAGAGAGAGGAGAGAUCUAUGUACCAGUCUGCUUGGGGGGCUGUGCCCUGGCAAAGGACUUGGUGCCUUCGGUGGCUGAAUCUCCCUCAUAUCCAAUGCCCCUGGACAUGACCCUGCGCAACUCCAGCUACACGACUGCCCAGCUCUCUGGGGAGGCACCCCCCACUGGACAGCACAAUGGGUACCUGCGCCCCAAAAUGAAGGUGACGCUGGGCGAGGGGCCAGGCGAGCUGUUCUCCUGCCCCGUGUGCCAGAAGGGCUUCAGCUACCAGCGCAUGCUCAACCGGCACCUCAAGUGCCACAGUGAGGUCAAGCGCCACCUCUGCCCCUACUGCGGGAAGGGCUUCAACGACACCUUUGACCUGAAGCGCCACGUCCGCACCCACACAGGCGUGCGCCCAUACAAGUGCAACCUGUGUGACAAGGCCUUCACGCAGCGCUGCUCGCUGGAGUCACACCUGAAGAAGAUCCAUGGGGUGCAGCAGCGCUACGCCUACAAAGAGCGGCGGGCCAAGCUGUACGUGUGCGAGGAGUGCGGCUGCACAGCCGACAGCCAGGAAAGCCACCUGCUCCAUCUGCGGGAGCAACACCCCAACAGCCCCCUGCUGCGCAAGGCCUCGCGCAAGACAGCUGCCUCCCUGCACAGCGCCCUCCCCACCCUGCUGCCGAGCACCCCGCACCUGUGAGGCGGCACCCCCUGCAGAACACUCAGUGCCUGGGCCACAGCGCCCCCUGCAGAGCAUCCAGCAUCUGGGUCAUGGCGCCCCCUGCAGAACACUCAGUGCCUGGGCCACGGCGCCCCUGCAGAGCACCCAGCAUCUGGGUCAUGGGCCCCCUGCAGAGCACCCAGCGCCUGGGCCACGGCGCCCCCUGCAGAGCACCCAGCAUCUGGGUCAUGGCCCCCUGCAGAGCACCC